AUGUAUGAAUCCUCAAAACCGCGAGAGGAACGAGACUUUGCGGAGUUUUAUCCAGAUCUGGAUGAGACGAAGCCCUUGAUCACGGUGACCACCCCCAACGAGCGGUCCAGGAAGGUGGCAGUUGUUAAUAAACACGAGCGGCUCGAAAACCUCAAGAAGCCCUCCUAUAGGCCGUUAUAUUCUUCCCCUGGGACUUUUGCAGAAAAACUACCAAGAAACAUUUCAUCACUGGGCUAUAAUGAGCAUGAACUGGGUGAGCUGCGGCUUUUGCCAGAGACAUAUUUCCGAGCAGAAGCGACGCGAAGCGCGCUGGUAAAGAAUCUGCUGAACUUCAAGGAUAAGUUUCAAGUUUUGUACGAUAUGGAUGAACAGGAUGAGGAAUAUUUGACUGUAAUGAACGAAAGGAGAAUGGCACAAAGUCAGAACAGAGUGUUAGACGAGGUCUUGGAGAUAUGCUUCACUUAUUUGGAGAUUGAAUGGUACUUCAUUGAGAAAUUUCUCCCUCCUAAAAACAAAGUGGAUUCGCUGAAUAAUUACGAUAUGAUGAACCAGGCCUUCCUUCACAGCUCGAAGUAUGGUUCUGAUGAUGGCACUGGGGGUUCCCCAGACGUUGACCAAAGAUGCGCGGUUUGCGACGAGAGUGAAUGCGACAAUUCGAAUGCAAUUGUGUUCUGUGAUGGGUGUGAUAUUGCAGUUCACCAAGAGUGUUACGGUGUCACAUUCAUUCCAGAAGGCUCGUGGCUGUGCCGAAGAUGCUUGAUUUCAAGGAGCAAGAAGCAGCGGUGUCUUUUCUGUCCCAGCACCACAGGAGCCUUCAAACAGACAGAUAACGGGUUGUGGGGCCAUGUGGUGUGUACACUAUGGAUUAACGAAUUGUACUUUGCUAAUCCCAUAUACAUGGAACCAAUUGAGGGUCUGAACCAGAUACCCAAGGGAAGAUGGAAAUUGAACUGUUACAUAUGUCAUCAAAAGGUCGGUGCUUGCAUCCAAUGCUGCAACAAAAACUGCUUUUUGGCUUAUCAUGCCACCUGUGCAAGGCGUUCAGGGCUGUGCAUGAAAAUGACAAAGGGUAUACAGGGAGCAAUUGCAAAUCAGAACUCGCUUUUAUCAUAUUGCGACAAGCAUGGUCCGUACGACUGGAACGUGGAACAUGAUCCGAAAUCGGGGGUUGAGAAAACGAGACUCUAUUUUGCAACUGUUGGAGCGAUCAAGAAUCGAACCGAGAAGCUUAAGAUCAAGAUCAUGCAGAGCAAAAAAAGCAAGACUGCAGACCUUUUCAAAUGGAACACCAAAAACGGUGCUCCCAUUAUUCCCAUAACAAUUGCACUAGGACUCAUGAACUUUUUGAAGGAUCAUCACAUUGCGCUCGACAACGCUGCCGAGGUGGUUAAUGAACUGUGUGCUUAUUGGACGUUGAAGAGGGAACAGAAGCAAGGCGCACCUUUGAUCAAAAGGUUAGACGCAACUCAGUAUGGUCAGCUCACGGACGAGGAGAUUCAGCAGAGAAUCAGUGUUCUGGGAAUCCUGACUGAGGAUGUUAACAAAUUGCUUGAUUUGUCCACCGUUGUCGGACAGAAGUCCAAAGUCGAAAAUCAGCUCGUAGAUACUCUGGUUGAAGAAACAGAUCUGAUUCAUUUCCCCAUCAGCUACAUAAUCUCCAAGCUGAUCGACCGAAUCAAGGAGCUGGACUCUGGAAAGUCGCUCUACAAAGCGCAGACGAAUAAGCACAUCCUGUCUUUUCAGCAGAUCGAGCUGAAAAACAGCCAAUAUAGAUACUCCAGCGUGGCCCAGUUCCUGGAGGACUUGAAGAAGCUUGAGGCGUAUCUCCUGCGGCAGCCGGAAUGGAAGAUCAUGUCGCAGCUGAAAACUUUGAAGAGAUGGAGAAGGGAGAGCGAUGCCAGGACCAAGGCUGCGUUGGAUAUGGAGACUAGUGUGUUGAAAAAGGUUGGAGAAAAUGGAGACCUGGUGGAGAUCCUUUCUGAGGACUUCACUAUCGAGGGAACGAGCGUUGAAGAAAGACCAUGGGACGAUUUCGAACUCUCGAGCGACUUGAGCGAUGUCGAGGAGCCAUCAAAUGCAAGGAAACUACUGAGGAUCGAGUAA